AAUUUAACGCUCGGACAUCUCUGUCUCUCUCUAUAUUCAUCUUCUAUCAUUUUCCUCCUCCCUUUUCAGCUUCUCCUCGCCGUCUCUCCCGAAUCUGACUCUCCGAGCACAAGUGAAUUCCGUGUGGUUCCUCGCGAUUUCUCUCCUGCACAUAUUGAGAAAAGAAGGGUGCUUUUAUAUGUGAACGAUUGAGUGAGGGGGUGUGGAAUAGGAGAUCUUUCAUAAAUUUCAGAUUCAAACGGGGCCUUCACGUGCACAAGUCCUUUUGGACCACCCUUAUGCUACCAUUAGUUAUGCUCUUUUUUGCGGAGUUCUGGGCAGAAUGCCGCUGUACUUAAUAUUAUGAUUUUAAACUUGCAAAUUGAUAUAAAUGUGAUACAGUUAUACAAGGAGUGGAUUUAUAGUUAAAUCAGGUUCUAAUUCCUGUCAAGUUUGUUUCAAAAUCAUGCCUUCUUGGUGGGGAAAGUCUUCAUCCAAAGAAGUAAAGAAGAAAGCAAACAAAGAAAGUUUCUUUGAUACAAUACACAGGAAACUUAAGAUUGCAUCUGAAGAAAGGUGCAACAGUAAGUCUGGAGGUUCGCGGAGGUGUUUCGCUGAUACUGUUUCAGAAAAGGGAUCUCAAUCUCGUGCAGGGUCACGCUCACCAUCGCCCUCCACACAAGUAGCACGCUGUCAGAGUUUUGCUGAAAGGUCCCUUGCCCAACCACUUCCCCUUCCUGGGGUGCCCCUUUCAGCUUUAGGGCGUACUGAUUCUGGCAUCAGUGCAUCAACAAAACCAGAAUUUGACAGAAGCUCUAGGCCAUUGCCGUUUUUGCCCCUUCCUAGACCUGGAAAUGUUCCAAACAGGCCAAAUCCUACAGAUGUUGAGGGGGAUUUAGCCACAGCUUCGGUUUCUAGUGAUAGUUCCACUGAUAGCGAUGAUCCAUCUGAAUCACGUCUUCUGAGCCCUCUGGCAUCUGACUAUGAAAACGGGAACAGAACUGCUAUGAACAGCCCUUCCAGCAUAAAGCCCAAGGAUCAAUCUCCCAUUGCCACCCAAAAGAACUCAAGAGAGAUGUUGAAGCCAGAUAACAUUUUUUUGAAUAAUCAGACUCUCCCUACAUCGCCUAAGAGGGGACCUUCGAGCAAUCAAGUGCCGAAUUUGCAGAUUCCUCGUCAUGGUGCUUUCUAUAGUGCUCCAGACAGCUCUUUGUCAAGUCCUUCUAGAAGUCCGAUGAGAAUUUUUGGUCCUGAGCUAGUCAUGAACUCGGGUUUCUCGGCAGGAAAGCCAUAUCCAGAUAUAACUUUGCUUGGGUCUGGACACUGCUCUAGUCCAGGUUCAGGUCACAAUUCUGGGCAUAAUUCAGUUGGAGGAGAUAUGUCAGGGCAGCUGUUUUGGCAUCACAGCAGGUGUAGCCCGGAAUGUUCACCAAUACCUAGCCCCAGAAUGACAAGCCCUGGGCCCAGCUCCCGAAUACAGAGUGGAGCCGUCACCCCUCUGCAUCCUCGAGCUGGUGGAGGCAACACAGAGUCGCCUACAAACUGGCCUGAUGACGGGAAGCAACAAAGCCACCGAUUGCCCCUUCCCCCAAUAACAAUUUCUAAUUCUUGUCCCUUUUCUCAUUCAUUUUCGACGUCAACAACUCCUGUAGUUCCACGAAGUCCUGGUAGGGCAGAAAAUCCAACAAGCCCUGGUUCGCGAUGGAAGAAGGGGAGACUUCUUGGCAGAGGCACAUUUGGACAUGUGUAUCUUGGUUUUAAUAGUGAAAGCGGCGAGAUGUGUGCAAUGAAAGAGGUUACACUAUUUUCAGAUGAUGCGAAGUCAAAGGAAAGUGCACAACAGUUGGGGCAAGAAAUUACACUACUAAGUCGUUUGCGACAUCAAAAUAUUGUACAGUAUUAUGGUUCUGAGACAGUAGCUGACAAGCUAUAUAUAUACCUGGAGUAUGUAUCUGGGGGUUCCAUCUACAAAAUUCUUCAAGACUAUGGCCAGUUGGGUGAAAUAGCCAUCCGUAGUUAUACUCAACAAAUUUUAUCAGGACUUGCAUACUUGCAUGCUAAAAAUACGGUCCAUAGGGACAUCAAAGGAGCAAAUAUACUUGUUGACCCCAAUGGCCGUGUGAAAUUGGCAGAUUUUGGGAUGGCAAAGCAUAUUACUGGGCAGUCUUGUCCAUUAUCAUUCAAGGGAAGUCCUUACUGGAUGGCACCUGAGGUUAUAAAUAAUUCAAAUGGUUGCAAUCUUGCUGUGGAUAUAUGGAGCCUUGGAUGCACAGUUCUGGAGAUGGCCACCACGAAACCACCUUGGAGCCAGUAUGAAGGGGUUGCUGCGUUGUUUAAGAUCGGAAACAGCAAGGAUCUUCCUGCAAUCCCUGAUACGCUCACAGAUGAUGGCAAGGACUUUGUGAGACAGUGCUUGCAGCGCAAUCCAUCACAGCGUCCUACAGCUGCUCAGCUUUUGGAGCACCGAUUUGUUAAAAAUGCUGCACCAUUAGAAAGACCCAUUCUAAGUUCUGAACCUCCAAAAACAGUACCUGCAUUUACAAAUGUAGUAAGAUCUCCUGGUAUUGGACAUACCAAAAGUCUUAUGCACUUGGACUCAGAAGGAUUGGCCAUCAAUCACUCCAGAAAUUCAAAAUUUGGUUCAGGAUUCAGUGAUGUCCAUAUGCCGAGGAACGUAUCAUGCCCGGUUUCUCCCAUUGGAAGCCCUCUCCUACAUUCACGGUCACCACAACAUAUCAGUGGAUGGAUGUCGCCCUCUCCCAUAUCCAGCCCUCGUACCACAUCUGGGACAUCCACACCUCUCACCGGUGGCAGUGGUGCCAUUCCAUUCCAUCAGUCGAAGCAGCCAAAUACCUACUUCCAUGAAGGCAUGGGAACCAUGCCAAGGUCCCCAAACAGUCUCUACCCCAGUGGUGGCACUUCCCAUCAGGACCCUAAUCCUGACCUGUUUCGAGGGAUACCACAAGCCUCUCAUGUUUUCCGGGGAAUGCAUUCAUCUGAAAAUGGUUUUCUAGCAAAUCAGUUUGGACGGCCUGUCCAUGGGGACUUGAGGGAACUAUAUGAUGGACAGACUGUGUUGGCAGAUCGUGUGUCCCAGCAGCUCUUGAGGGAUCAUGUGAAAUUGAACCCAUCGCUGGACCUUAAUCCCGACUCUUCAAUGCUAAGCCGCGCCAAUGUAAUUUAAUUUCCACGUGGAGCACCUGAUCAGAGCUGGCUCUCAGGCGUAUCUCUUCCCUCUGAUUUUAUGCAAAAGUAACUGAAAGAAGAAAAUCCAUUGCAUGAAUUACAUCUUUUUUGAAGCUGAAAUGGGAAGAAGAGAUUAUUCAAUUUUUGGCUUGGAUAGUCAUGCUCGAGAGAAUGCAGCCUCUGGAGCUCCAGAAUACGGCAGUUCCUUACAGUGAAGAUCUUUUCAGCUAGUGUAAAGAACUGUACAUUUUUAAGUUAUCAUACAUGAAAACAAAGUAUCUUGAAAAAGCUUUUACUUUUUGGAUUCGGUAAUGCUUUUUAGCUCUUCUGGCGGGUUAAGUAGGUGAAACCGCUGUAUAGAGGAGGGGUUGGGUAGUAUACUGAGUCCAGAUAUUUUUUUGGGAAAGGCAAUUUGAGGAAGUUCCAGUCUUGGCCUGUUCAAUCGGCUGGGUUGAUUAUGGAAGCUCAGUCCGAACUUUACAGGUGGUCGGCCCUGUGGAAAGUUGUUGUAUCUAAGUCUUAAUUGCAUUAAUUUGAAAAUCUGAUUUAACCAAAUGUUCUUCCCCCAAAAAUUCUUUGAAAAAGCCAAUGGUAAAGAGGGUGGAAAUAGUUGUAUGGGUA